AUGUAUGCACCGAAUAUCUUUUUCUUACAAUUGACGGAUGCCCCUGAUUCUUCGGCGGAAGGUGUGGCAUGGGUAUUAGAAGAAGUCCUCUCCCAAAUUGGAGUGGAUGCGGAAUCAUUUGCUGAUGGUGUGGAGGUGUUGGAAUCACUGGGCCCUGUAGAUCUAUCUAAGGAAGAAGACUGCAUAAAACUUAUGGAGAGGCUCCAAAUGCUCAUUCAACAAUUGAAGAUGCAAGCAGGACACAACAUAUCUUUUCAAAACAAUUCAUCCCAAGUCACAACAGAAUCCAUGAAAAACUUUUUACGCUAUGCCCAAAACAAGCUCCACAUAUCCAGGAAUCCUCCAAACACCUUACCCGUUACUACCGCUUACAUGAUCGGAAUUCAAGCCAUGAUACGGACUACUUGGGCUGAGAGAGUCGGGGGUCAAGGGUCUCGCUUCCAAUGGGGAGGUCCAAAUAUGGUUCAGGUAGAUGAUGAAAUUGAGGAAGGGGAAGAGGGCGAGCCGAAGGAUGAGGUUCCGCGGCAGAGUGAACAAUGA